GUGUAUUUACUCUUAAAGGUCUAUCGAGUAGGUUCACCACAGCUUAUCUAACUCUCGCUAAUGAUCUACCUGAGUGUGGUACCGCAACCGAAAAGGAUAGUAGAACAGAGAGGUUAGGAGAUGGUACACUCCGGACUACCUACGCCCAAA